GCUCCUUUCAGGUUGUUGACCACUACGAGAAUCCCAGAAACGUGGGGUCCUUGGACAAGACAUCUAAAAAUGUUGGAACUGGCUUGGUGGGCGCUCCGGCCUGUGGGGAUGUCAUGAAGCUGCAGAUCCAGGUGGACGAGAAGGGAAAGAUCGUGGACGCCAGGUUUAAGACGUUCGGCUGCGGGUCGGCCAUCGCCUCCAGCUCGCUCGCCACCGAGUGGGUGAAGGGGAAAACGGUUGAAGAAGCCUUGACCAUCAAAAACACCGACAUCGCCAAGGAGCUGUGUCUGCCGCCCGUGAAACUGCACUGCUCCAUGCUGGCCGAGGACGCCAUCAAGGCCGCCCUGGCGGACUACAAGCUGAAACAAGAGCCCAGGCAAAGCCAGGCCGAGAAGUGAGCCCAGCCCCAGCAGCUGCCCGCCGCCCGCCCGCUGCCCUUGUCCAUCCCGCUGCGUUCAAAGAGCCUGCUCACGGGGCGCAAGGCCGAGUGAAAUACAGCUGGAAUAUUCCCGAAUCCCUGGUUUCUCUCCGCCCCUUUCAUGGCCUUCACUGAGCUCAACGUGUGAUUGGCACGGAA